CGAUCAUCAUCCUCAAGCAAUCAAAAUCUAUUGUAUAAGCAACAAAAGAGGGAUGAUACUAUAACUUCAAUAACUCAUCUUUAUACCCUUCCUCGUGCAACUUUCUUAAUUAUAACACCACUUCUUACAUCAGUUACUCUUCAGGUUGCUCCUAAUUAUGUUGAACCUGUUUAUGGUAAUGUGUUUUCCUCGAUGUAUUUUGAUGAGGUUGCUUUAUCAAGUUUAGCUUUUGGAAUUCUAGUUGGAAUUGGAUUUAUUAUAAAAACAAAAUCGUUACCUCAAAUAACUAGAGAUAACGAAAUAACUAGUGCACUAAUAUCUGGAAUUGAUUGGUGUGGAAUAUUGUUUGCUUUAUCCCCGAUUAUUGUUAGGGCGUUAUUUCAUCUUAGCGGAUUACUAGGUCCUUAUUUAGGUCCACAUAUAACUCAAUUCGGCUUAGCUUAUCCGAUAAUGUUUUCGAUUGGGUUUCUUAAUGUCAUGGCUUGUGCAAGAUUAUCCAAGGAACAGCGUCGUCCGAUAUUUAGAUGGAUAACUUAUGUAAUAAUACACUUCACUAUCAUCACAACUUUAAUCUAUGUUCUGUAUAGUGUUACGACAAGAGGUAGAUCUUGUCGUCGAUUGUAUUUUUCUGGUUUAUUGUUGGCACUUGUUGGAACUGUAUUCAAGCUUUUAUGGUGUAUUUAUGGUGAAUUAAGUUUGGAAGAAGAUGCUAGUCAAAGACGUAAAACUACUCUUAAAGCUUCCUUAC